UGCCUUCCUUGAUCACCCGACCAGGUUAGGUUAGGUUACGCCACGAUUCUCCUGUCCUAUUCCUAGGCACUUAAAUUAACUAAUUUUUAAUUAUGGCUCUCAAUGUGUCAGUGAAAGUUCAUCCAGUGGUUUUAUUUCAAAUUGUUGACGCUUACGAAAGGCGGAAUGUCGACGCCAACCGUGUCAUUGGAACUUUACUCGGUAUUGUGGACAAAGGUGUUGUUGAAGUAACCAAUUCUUUCUGUUUACCCCAUAUAGAAGACUCAGAGAAAGUCUUAGCCGAGUUAAGAUAUGCCGCAGACAUGCUUAGUAUGCUCACAAAAAUCAACAAGCAAGAAAAAAUAGUCGGCUGGUGGGCAACAGGACAUGAGGUGACAAUCCACUCAAAUAUCAUCCACGAAUAUUACUCUCUGGAAUGCCAAGAUCCGGUUCAUUUAACCUUAGACACAACGCUUCAGGAUGGACACAUGGGAAUGAAAGCUUACAUGAAUGUACCUGUUGGCGUUCCCAAGAGGAAAGUUGGUUCUAUGUUCACUCGCAUUCCAGUUGAGGUUACAUGCUAUCAGCCGGAAAUCGUUGGAAUUAGGUUGAGCCAAAAAACUGCAUCAUCGUUCAAACGCAGUCCAGAACUAACCAUCGAACCAGCAUCUGAUCUAGGUCAAGUUGGUGAAGCUUGUAGUAAAAUGAAUAAACUCAUUGAUAAAAUUCUAGCCUACGUUGAGGACGUCUUGACUGAAAAAGUCCCUGCGAACGACACAGUAGGUCGCGCCCUCCUCAAUAUGGUUCACAGUGUCCCUCAAAUGACUCCUGAACAAUUUGAAGAUAUGUUCAACUCCAGUAUAAAGGAUCUACUAAUGGUUAUAACUCUCGCCCAACUUACUCGAACACAACUCCAGCUCAACGAAAAACUAACACUCUUGUCUGCAUUGAAUUAAUUUUAAGGCUAAAUCUUUAUCCUCCAACCAAAUCUCCAAUAAAAAUAUUUUCUACAGAUGAGUU